AUGGAAGAGAGGGCCUUGAUACCGGUGACGCUCCCAUGGGAGAAGCCAACUACAUCGUACUGGCAAGAUCCGCCCGAUGGGAUUGCUGACCUCCGUUCAACAGCCGAACUGCCCCCGGAUACAGAUAUUGCUAUCAUCGGCUCUGGUAUUAGCGGUGCAUGUAUUGCAUACAACAUUCUCACGCGGUCACCACACACAAAAGUGGUCAUUCUCGAAGCCAGGCAAGCAUGCAGCGGAGCAAGUGGGCGGAAUGGCGGCCAUACAAAGGCAGCUUCAUAUACCUCAUUUGCUACGCACGCGGCUGCUGUUGGAAUAGAUGAAGCAGUCAAGAUCGCGAGACUUGAGUAUGAUACCAUCAAGCAAGUUCACGCGUUUGCCAGGGAACACAGCAUUCCUUGCAACAGUUGUGAACUCGAGACGGUGGAUAUCAUUUAUGAUCAAAAGGCCUGGGAUGAGUCGGUGCAGGCCAUCGAUGCGAUGCGAAAAGCCAUGGGAGAAGACGACCCAGCCAGCAAAUAUACCCUAUGGAACAGCAAAGAUGCAGAGAAGAAGUUCCUGUGCAAAGGGGCCGUCGGUGCUAUUACGUAUGAAGCUGGAAGUAUCAAUGCAUACAAAUUUGUUAUUGGAGUGCUGAAGCUGUCGCUGGCAAAAGGUGCAAAUCUGCAGACCGGGACUCCUGUUACCAGAAUCACUUCAAGCCCAGGCGGAAGUAAUAAACCAAACUGGAGCGUCUUGACCCCUCGAGGUCAAAUACUGGCUUCUAAGGUUGUUAUGGCGACCAACGGAUACGCUGCUGCCUUAUACCCUCCGCUACAAGGAAGAAUCGUACCAUUGAAAGGACAGGUCACUGCACAACGACCCGGAGUGAGCAUGCCCAAGGACGGGCUUGCACAUACAUAUUCCUUUGUAUAUGCUGGUGGAUUUGACUAUAUGAUUCCUUGUUCCCAAGAGCCCAGGUCUCCAGGCGAUAUCGUGAUAGGGGGAGGUUUUACCAAAGGUAGGGGCCGAGGUCUGUAUGAGUACGGGACAACGGAUGAUGCCACUCUUGCACCGGAGAUCAGUGGAUAUUUGACUAGUUGCACGGAGAUGUUUUUUGGCGACAAUUGGGGCCAAGACAGCCCCGAAGGCAGAGUACGGCAGGAGUGGGCUGGCAUCAUGGGAUAUAGCACCGAUGGGUUCCCCUGGGCAUGGUAA